CCUGUACUCGGUAGUAAAUACGCACCUGUCCUAUGCUUUAAUAAUACAUGCAGUUCCCUAAUCCCCACUUUCCCAAACACCUUACUCCAUAGUCCGUUCGUUAUAUUAUUUUAAUGCCGUGAUUAUCGUUCGAUUUAAUACAGUAGUUCGGUAAAUCGUUGUAAUAGUUGUACAUUCGGUGGUUAUUAUUAUCAUUAUCGCUGUCGUCGUUCCAUCGAUCGAUACGUUACGCAUAUUAUUAUACAAUUCAGUAUAGUUUCCGGACCGGACUCAAGACGCGUAUCGGGUUUGAUUGUGCGACGUGCGUUAUCCAGCCAAAAACUUGAAUGUGAUAAUCGUACACGCGAUGCGCCUUAAUCUUGCAACAACCUAACCGGAAGUGCGAUUGACCAACAAUGGACCGUUUAGUUGGUCGUGAAGAUGCAGUCGGAGAUGACGCCUGCCCUUCACAACGGGAAAUCGAUUUUCAACCGUAGUAAUUGCCCGUAGCCCCGAACACGUACAUUGAUUUCAUGGAAUUUUGUAAAUAUUUGUUGCUCACCAUUUUCCUGUUUCAAUUGGUUUCAGUUGGAGCAAGACAAGCAUUUGACUUUCUCGGAUUUAUGUGGGGAUCUGUACUAGCAAAUUUCUUUGAACUUUUGUUCAUUAUUUUUGGAAUAUUUGGUGUAGUGCAGUCAGAUGUAUUAUACUUAUUAUCAUAUUCAGCAUGGAGUAUUGUUUGGUGUAUUUGGAAUAUAUUUGUAGUUUUAUAUUAUUUGGAAUUGCCAAUUUUUAGUAGUAGCUUUGAUGUUAUGAGCCUUGGUGCAGAUAGUGUAAGUUGGUGGGAAUCUAAUGGCCCUGGUUGCAGAGUAUUUUUUUAUCCAAAUCACACCGGUAUUGAAGAAGAUGCUAUUAAGCCAAUUAGACCUGAUUUGAUCACUGGAUGUGUUCUGGAUUAUCAAAAAAUUGAAACGGCUCAAGCAUCCUUACAAAUACUUUUUGCUGUUUUUGGUAUUCUUUGUAGCUUGUAUGUAUCAUGUUGUUCAAAAUCUAGAGAUGAAGGAAUUUACUACAAGAGUAAGCAACCAAAAAAUAUUACACCAAUAUAUUCUAUUGAAUAUAGUUCACGUCGAGGAGAUGAAAUUGAAGAAAUAAGCACUAUCAGUGGCAGCGAAGAUGGUGAUUUAGAUGCACAAAGUUCACAAAGUAAACCCAUGACACCCAGACGAGUAAAACGAAGAAGUGUAACUUCAAGGGGUACACUACCUCCUCCACAUCAAGCUCCACCGCCAUAUCUUAGACGUCAAUCUAGCUCUCAAUAUUCUAGUCGAAGACAUAAAAAUCCUGUUUCUAGGCUUAUCCAACAACAGUAUUCAAAUAACGGUUUGAACGAUUCAUCAACAUCAAAUGAUUCAAGUCACCCAUUGUUCCCAGAAUGUCGAGUUGAACUAAGACAUGUUAACCGAGGCAUUGUGAAUCCUGCUUUAGAUACAGAAUCUGAACGUCCAACAUCAGCACGUUCAACAUAUUCAAAUUUCCAUGGAGCACGAGGUCGGCCUAGACAAGUUAGCACUCAUUCAACUUUUUUUGCUCCAUCAGAACAGCCUCCACCAGCUUAUCGUAGUAACGCUUCUGUUAAUUCUGAAACUGUUAUAUGAUUUAGAACAAUUGUAAAAAGUGUAGUUCAAAGUAGAUACAAUUUUAAGAUCUCAUUUUUAUUUUAAACAAUGUUACUACUUAAAUAAAAAAAUAGUAAUGGUUUGUUAUGCUACCUUUACCAUUUUUUUUUUUUUUAUGUUUGUUCAAUAUUUUUGGAAAUAAAGCUUAUUGAUUGAAAAUAAAUUUAGUUAAAUUUAGUUUGUAGGUAGCAUAUCAAACCAUUAUAAAAAAAUCUAUUAUUUUUAUUUUUAUAUUGGUACAUAAUGUUUAAAUUAAAUUUUAGGCGAAUUUUCUCAACGAAAAAAGGUUAUUAGAAUAGAAAAUUUCUUAUAGUUUUUUGUGGUAUUUUAUCUGAUGUAGUAAUGAAUUCAAGAUAUGCAUUACAUUCAUAAAUGUUAUAUUACUUAAUAGUGUUAAUCAAAAUUUCUAAUUGGGUUUUAAUUUCUGACUUUUUAUUUAUCAUGAAAUAUUACAUUAAAUAUUAAAAAUUUUUAAAUGUAUCAAAAUAAAAGAGAUUUACCUAAUUUUAAACAUUGAAGUAUUAAUAACAAUUAUAAUUGACAGUUUCUAAAUUUCAUUUAAUUUUUCUGUAACUAUUAUUUCUCCCUUUGAUAAUGUAUAAUGUCUUGGGAUAAAACUAUUAAGUUUUUUUUCAUGAUUGACCAAAAUUUAGAUAGUUCCUGUUUUCUUGUUUUUAACUACAGUUAAAGAUAAAAUUGAUGGUAUAUAAAUAUAAAUGUAUAUAUAUAUAUCAUACAUUGUCUACUAGGUAUAUAUUUUAAUAUAAAUUUUAAGUUAAUAAUUAGAAUCAAAUUAAUAAGCUCAAAUAUUUUUUUUUAAACAUCACAUUUUUUCAAAUGUUAAUGAAUAUGAGGUUAAUAUGUAUUUAAUCUUGAUAUACAGUUAUAAAACUAAAAAAAAAAGUGCUUUGUUGGUUUUUAAUUUGUAUUCUUACUUAAUGGCUUAUAUUAUGUUAUUAGGUUAAAGAAUAUGCUUUGUUUUCUUUCUGAUUCCCCACCUGUAACAUGGCAAAUUUUAUAUUCUUAACUUUAAUAUUAGUGUGAAUUGAUCUAUUGUCAAAUUUAUAGAACUUUAAGUUCAGAAUAUUAUUUGUGUUGAUAUAUUUGCUUUUCUUGUGAUUUUUUAACACUUCUGUGAUACAUGAUUGUUUUUUAUAAACUCACUUCCAUCAAGGUUUAAAUAGCCUUAAUAUCCAAGGUACAAACUCCGAUAAUGUUAUUACCUAUGUGUUUGGUAAUAGGUCAAUUUACUUUUAAUAUAAUGGGAAAUAGAAAUAAAAUCUCCACGUUGGUUGUUUGUAUCCGUGGGUCUCAGAGAGAAAACAAAUAGUACUUUGAAAUUCCCAUAAAUAAUUAGAACAUUAUUUCUUAACAUAAUAUAACAUAAGAAUAUUCCAUUAGCUCUAACUUAUAUUAAAUUCAUACAGUUAGACGUUAGUUCAAAUUUCAAUAUUUUAGCUCUACAACUGUUACCAAAAUAAAAUUUAAACUAUACGUAAGAUUAUUAAUAUAUUUAGUCAUAAGUAAAUAAAAAUUCUCAUUUUCAAUGUAUAUAAUAUAAACUGCCAAUUACAAUAGGCAAAGAUCAUAAGUUGUUGAAGAAAGUUCUCUUAAAAAUAAAAUUAAUAAUUUUAAUAAAACUUCUUUAUCUAAGCAACGAAAUAAAGUAAACAGACUUAAUAUCGUCUUAAAAUGAUUAUACCUUUAUCAGAACAUUCGUGUUCCGUCCAUUUUGUAUAAUUUUAAGUUAGAAUAAGUAUAAGUUUUGAAUGUGCAAAUUUUUUUUAUACUUAUAUUUUUUUAAACUGUAUAGUUAAAGUAUGAACGAUAAGUUCAUAUUAUAACAUUAUACCUAUAUAUUUAAAUAUUGUUGAUUAGCAAUUAAAUAGCAACGAAUGUGUGUUUAAAAUGUUAAUUUUAGUCUAAUAUCGCAUAAACGACUGAUGUUUAUACAAGUCUAAAACAUUUUUAUAUAUUUUUUUUUUUUUUGUACUUUCUGAAAUGUAUUAUCUCAUAACGUUAAAAUACAAUUAUUUUAUAAGGUUUAAGUAUUAUGCUCUAUGCCUAUGAGCUUAAGAUUUUUAAAUUGUACUCGGGUAGUCAUAUACUAUAUUAUGAUAAUGAUGAAUACAAAGUUUGUGACCACAAUGUGUGGCUCGCCUAUGCUCAAUACGCCAUGCACGUGCUAAGCUAUUCGCUUAGGCUGUGCUUGGAUAAUUGAUGAUGAUAUAAAGGCGAGCAGCAAGUCAUGGGAAUCGAUCUUUCAACCAUUUCGUAAACAAUUAUUUAGAGAUUCAUUGUCAAAUAAAAAUAGGUGUUUGGAGUAUAUAUUAUUGUACAAAUAAAUACCAAAUAAUGUAUAUGAAAGCUUUUUAUUUAUAUACAACAAUACUUAAAAUUCAAUAAGUUAAAUGUAGCUUAACAUAAUGUCAAAAAUCAGUCUAAUAUCAAAACACUAAAACAAAAAUAUUUGAAUAUAAAAUAUAAAUUGUUUUAUCCUUUAGUGUACUAAUAAAAUAAAAUAAAUAAACAAAUAUGGGAAGACAUGUAAAAUUAAUAGAAAUUAGUAGGUAUUAAUUAAUUAAUUAAUAAAUAUAUUUAUAGCUUUGUAUUAAUAAUUCAACAAACCAUUUUAACAUUUUAUUAAUUUAAGCCAAAUAAUUGUGAUAUUUUUUUUUAUGUAGAUUUUUUUCUAACUUGGUGUAUUUGUUUUUUGUUGUGAUUUACUGUAAGUACUUAAAAAAAUAUGUUAUAUACUCCUAUUUCAAAAUAAACAAGCCUAUCCAAAU